CUCAUCACACCUUCUUUCCGCACCACCACCAACGCCAGCAGCACCAUCCGGGCAUCCACCGUAACGCUCGCCGGAAACAAGCGUGUCAUGGCCCGCGCGGAGGGAGAAGGCAUGCCAGAGACAACCGUCGGAGUCGGAGUGAUGCUGAGCCGGCGGAGGAGCAAAAGCAGGCGGAGAAAGCGAAAGGAGUUGUUCGCUGUCCAGAUGUGCUUUACGGGCUUUCUGCUGGGACUCGUCGCUGGGCUCCAGAAGGUUACACAACACGGAGCAAACCAUGUUUCCAUUUCCACAAAGCUGGAGGAGACCAGGUGGGACAGUCGUCACCUUCUCCAAGAUUUUUAUGACAACCAGUCCAAGCCGUUCUCAGAGUUUGACAAAAACUGCACCGAACCGGCUAUCCACGAGUUCCCCAGAGAUUACUUCACCAACCAGGAGCGCAUGGAUGGAGCCGUGGGCUUGCAUGUCCUCUGUGCGGUCUACAUGUUCUACGCUCUGGCCUUAGUGUGCGAUGAUUACUUCGUCCCCUCCCUCGACAAGAUAUGUGAGCGACUUCAUCUGAGUGAGGAUGUUGCAGGGGCGACCUUCAUGGCAGCGGGUAGUUCAGCUCCUGAACUCUUCACCUCGGUCAUAGGAGUGUUCAUUACGAAAGGAGAUGUCGGGGUUGGCACCAUUGUCGGCUCAGCUGUCUUCAAUAUCCUGGUUAUUAUUGGAGUAUGCGGGAUAUUUGCUGUGCAGACGAUCCAUCUGUCCUGCUGGCCUCUGCUCAGAGAUUCUGUCUACUACACCCUCUCUAUCUCCGCUCUUAUUGUGUUCAUCUAUGAUGAAAAAGUUGUUUGGUGGGAAGCUCUCACGUUAAUUCUGAUGUAUUUCGUCUAUAUUUUGAUCAUGAAACUGAACUCCCAUGUCGUUCGUUUUCUGGAGAGGAAGAAGAAAUACUCAUCCAGUGUAAGGAAUGGAGCGGCAAAUGGCGAACUGGACGAUGGCUCGGAUGCGACAGCAGUCCUGUUGAAGAAAGCAAACCACCACAGGAAGACGUCAGUGCUGAUGGUUGACGAGUUGCUGUCAGCGUACCCCCACCAGCUGUCUUUCUCAGAGGCCGGCAUGAGAAUUAUGAUCACCAGCCACUUCUCCCCCAGAACUCGCCUGACCAUGGCCUCCAGAAUGCUCAUCACUGAGAGGCAGCGUCUAAUCAACACGCGGACUUUGACCAAUGGGGACUCAGAUGGCCCGGUGAAAGGAGGGGACAGGCGGGCCACGGAAAACGGGCUGUCUGGGGUCGAGAGGGGUGCCAGCGUGCGAGAUCACGAGACGGGCAACGAUACGGAGAACGAAGACAACGAGAACAACGAGAAUGACGAAGAGGAGGAGGAAGAGGAUGGAGAAGGGCCGUUUGUGCCCUUCAAGUGUCCAGGCGGUGUGUUUAACAAACUAAAGUGGCUGCUCGCCUGGCCUCUGUGUCUGCUGCUCUACUUCACCGUGCCCAACUGCGCCACACCUCGCUGGGAGAACUGGUUCAUGCUGUCCUUCGUUUUUUCUACCCUGUGGAUUGCUGCCUUUUCCUACAUCAUGGUGUGGAUGGUUACAGUGAUUGGCUUCACUCUCGGUAUCCCGGAUGUCAUCAUGGGCAUCACCUUCCUGGCAGCGGGUACCAGCGUCCCUGAUUGUAUGGCCAGCCUCAUCGUGGCCAGACAAGGAAUGGGUGACAUGGCAGUGUCCAACUCCAUCGGCAGUAACGUGUUUGACAUCCUGGUGGGCCUUGGCCUCCCCUGGGCCCUGAAGACCCUCGCUAUUAACUACGGCUCUGAUAUCAAAUUAAACAGCAAAGGUUUGAUUUUUUCCGUCGGGCUUCUGUUGGCUUCCGUGUUCCUGACGGUCACGGGGGUUCACCUCAACAAAUGGACGCUGGACAAACGUUUCGGUUUCACGUGUCUUCUCUUCUACUCUGUCUUCUUGUGCUUCUCCUGCCUCAUUGAGUACAAUAUCUUCAUCUUUGUCAACCUGCCAACCUGCAGGGAUGACUGACACACACACACACACACACACACACACACACACACACACACACACACACACACACACACACACACACACUGAGAUACACGCACACACUUGAAGGUGAAAGGUGUUUUUGUCUGACACCAGGAUGUAAUUACCAGGAAGAAUUAUGUGCAAAUACUUACCCACUUUUAUCAUGUUUUAUUGUAUUUAUGUAGUAGUACUACAGUACUACUAGUAAUCAGUGCAAUAUGGAGCUUCACCGGUCCGUGUGAGCUCAUACGAGGAGGACUAACUGGACUGCCAAUGGACGCCAGGAGCGACAACCUCCACAUGUUUCUGCUGUGGGGGACUUUUAUUUUGAAACGUUGACUGGCUGCUACACUUCCCUGUGGGGAAGCGCGGGUGUUUACGUCUACAAGUCACAAUACCGUAUUGACCCCAAUAUAAGACCAUAUUUUUUUUCCCGCCACCACCACCACCAAUAGAUUGCACUCCUGUGGGAAACAUGCACUUAAAAUAAACAUUAAUGUUUUAAAAAAGUAAGCUUUUGGAAUAAGCUAGCUUACCUGACAGGCGGCCAUUUUGGAGAAAUCCUGGCAUCGUCACAUGACCACCACUCCAAAAUGUCAUAUAUUGUGGUUUUAUACUCGGGUCAAUGCUGUCAUUAUAUGUGAUCGGUGAGUAGCAGAGUGCGGUUUAGCACUCACCUGAUAAAAAUGUAUUGUGUAAUGUAAUGUAUUAAGGGACACAUAUUUGAUAGUAUAUAUUGUACAUAGAAAUAUACAUUUUCAGAUUGACUAAUGCAUCUUAAGGCUAUGUUAACACUGCAGGUUUUUGAUUGCCAAUCCAAUCUUUUUUGUGUAGUCGUUUACGUAACAAAAAAAUAAUGCCGUGCCUACUAUGAACAGAAAUGGUCCGUGACGUGACACGUGCAACAGCGUGUUUACUAAAGUAGGCUAAACAUGGCUCUGAUUCGUGUUCGGUUGUGGCACUUUCAAGGAUUUUGUGCAACUGGAGUCAACAUUUUUUUGCGUGGAUAUUGUAAGGAUGUGGGCAAAGAUUUCAUAUCUGUCAGUUUUUGUUGGUUAGGUCUGAGCUUAAGCUGCCUGGUUCAGUCACUGCUUCCCUUUGCACCCGGUGUUCUGUCAAAACAAGCUACCUAACGCUAAGAGGUUAAGUUUUCUCGAGCUAAAUACCCACGAAAAUGAGCGACCUCGUGUAGAUAAAGAGUUGACUACAAGUAAUUAAUUAUUUUAAAGUAUAUUUCUUUCAUAGUCUUUUCUGAGGAGUUGGCAUGGGCAGGGAUUCUCAAACUGUAGUGGUACGUCAAAGAACCACUCGGCUGUAUAAUGUAACGACGGGAUGUGAGCCGUUAUCAAAGGUUUAUCCGCCUUAAAUAGAAGUCGUUACCAUCCGACUACUGUUGGCCGUAGUCGAGGCCAAAGUAAACAAUUAAGGCGCAAACAGAACCGCCUUACCCCGUCAUUUCUGUCGCUCAACACGCGUGGGAAUCAAAUGUUUUCCACAUUCUCCGGUCACGUCCGUCCUUUCCCAGCCUCCCAGCUAAUCAACAGGCACAUCAAGUACAGUAAAAACAAUUUACUUAACAUUUAAGUACGAUACAAUUGUAUUUACUGGUAAGUACAUUUUCAUUUAAUCUUUAAUAACUGCAUUUUGAUAUUUAUUUUAGUACAAUCUUGAUAUAACUUUUAUGUGCAAUACAUUUUUAUU